GAAUUUAGCGACAACCAUAAUGUGGAGGUCGGAAAGGUUAAUCGGAGUCCACACGAUGACAUAAAUUAAUUAACAUCGUGCAUAAAAUUAUCUGUUCGUUCGAUCGGUUCGCAAGAUCGAAUUUCCAAAAUUUCUCGGUCGGUUCAAACUUCAUUAUUUCCUCGCGCGUUCCAAUACUCGCCUGUGCCGCGGCGACAAAUGGGACGGCGAUGUACGCGAAGGCGCAAUGUUAUCGGAGCGCGCGAUCCGUCCCACCGUGCUUAUCCCGACGGCUCGCACACUAUCUUCACACAAGCUGGAAAAACCUUAAGUGCGGAUCAGUUGCCGAGCAAUUUCACAAAAAUAUACGUCAUAAACACGACGAUAAUAGAAAGGAUAAUGUGCUUAACAUGAUCAAUAAUCAAUACUUGGAUCACAUGUACAAGACAUGGCUCGAGGAUCGAAAGUCCGUAAGUUCCUCGUGGGACUCGUAUUUUAAACUGAUCCACGCGGAAAGCCGCCCUAAGGACGCCCGCGUCAAGUCCAUCAGUUCGAGCCGCGUCAGUUCGUCUCCUAAGUUAAUAGCAUCGAAAGAAGGCGGGCAAUCGGGCAAGAGACCGUUGUUGAAAGGGUUCGUUCGGGAGAAAUCGGACAGCCAGAUGCAGGGGGAUCAAUACAUAAGCAGCGCGCUCGAUAUCACUGCGACGAUCCGUGCCUAUCAAGCACGCGGCCACUUGAUAGCCGACACCGAUCCGUUGGGCAUACAGAAUCCGGAGUCGGCAAAGCUGCAGGGCACCGCGAACCUGCCGCCCGAGAUCGUGGUGCGGCAGCAUCUCAAGGGGAUGACGGAGGCGGACAUGGACAGGGAGUUUCCCCUCGCGCCCUUGACCGUUAUCGGGGGCGACAAGAGGAGCCUGCCGCUGCGGGAGAUACUGAAGAGGCUCAACGAGGUUUACUGCGGCCACCUGGGCCUCGAGUACACGUAUAUUCACGACCUCAAUGUGUUAGAUUGGUUGAGGGACAAGUUUGAGAUACCAGGCGUCUGGAAAUUGCCUGCAGAGCACCGAAAGUGGAUUUGGAUGAAUAUCAUGAGGGGCGUGAGUUUUGAGAACUUUUUAGCAAAGAAGUACGGAACGGAGAAGAGAUUCGGGUUAGAAGGUUGCGAAUCGUUCAUACCAUCCAUGGCGGAAUGCAUAGAAACGUCAGCGUUAAAUGGAGUUGAAACUGUAAUUAUCGGUAUGGCGCAUCGCGGUCGUCUAAAUACUUUGGCAAACAUUUGCUCGAAACCGAUGAGUCAGUUGUUCACCCAGUUCAACCCGAUCGCUCUCGAGGGAUUCGGUUCCGGUGAUGUGAAGUAUCACCUCGGAACGCACUCGGAGAGGUUAUUAGAAAGAAGCAAGAAGAGGGUGUUACACGCCGUAAUGGCGAAUGCCUCCCACCUGGAAGCGAUCGAUCCGGUCAUAGUCGGUCGCGUUCGCGCCGAACAAGUUGAGAAAGGUGACGCGGAGUACGGCAAAAAAUCGUUGGCUAUAUUGGUUCACGGUGACGCCGCUUUUUCCGGCCAAGGUGUCGUUUACGAAACGAUGCAUCUCACCGAUUUACCGGAGUACACAACGGGUGGCGUUAUACACGUCGUAAUUAACAAUCAAAUUGGCUUUACAACUGACCCAAGAUAUUCACGAUCCAGUGUGCAUUGCACGGAUGUCGCACGUGUUGUUAACGCACCCAUUUUUCACGUACAUGCUGACGAUCCCGAUUUAGUCACUUAUUGCAGCAAGGUGGCCAGCGAAUAUCGGGCUACCUUUCAUAACGACGUGGUAGUCGACGUCGUUGGAUACCGAAGACGCGGACACAACGAGAUGGACGAGCCAAUGUUAACUCAGCCGCUCAUGUACAAGCGAAUAAAAGAUCACCCCAGUAUUCUAUCCAUAUACACCGACAAACUGCUUAAAGAAGGCGUGAUAACGGAAGCUUUCGCAAAGGAGGAAACAGAAAAGUAUCUGAACCAUUGCGAGGAGGAAUUCGCGAAAGCGCAGACCAUCAGCUCGAUGCAAAUGAGCGACUGGCACGACGUGCCCUGGACCGAAUUCUACUCGCAUCAGUCUCCGAAAAAUAAGAUACCGCCGACCGGCAUCGACAUCGCGACUAUUAAGACGAUAUGCACUACUGUAUCCACUCCUCCGAAGGAUAUCGAGGCACAUCUUCAAGUGCUGAGGGCGAUGGACAGGCGAACGAAACUUAUGGAGUCCCGGCAGAUCGACUGGGCGAUGGGGGAGUGCUUGGCUUUUCUCAGCCUGUUAAAGGAUGGCCACCACGUCAGACUGUCCGGGCAAGACGUCGAACGUGGCACCUUCACCCAACGGAUACACAUCGUUCACGAUCAGAGUAAAGACAAGACCUACAAGAAUAUUCUGCGCGACGUUUUCCCGAAGCAGGCUCUGUACACCGUCUCGAAUUCGUCGCUAUCGGAAUACGGCGUGUGUGGAUUCGAAUUGGGAUACUCGGCGUACAAUCAUAAUACUCUGACAGUCUGGGAAGCACAAUUCGGCGACUUCGCCAACACCUGUCAGGUCAUACUAGACUGCCUGCUGUGCUCCGGACAAUCCAAAUGGGGCAGGCAAGUGGGACUGGUGCUGUUGCUGCCGCACGGCUUGGAGGGCCAGGGACCGGAACAUUCGUCCGCGAGAUUGGAGAGAUUUCUUCAGCUGUGCGACGACGAUUGUACUCACGUGCCCGGAACCGAGCCCGGCGCCCCUGCCGGUGAGAACGUUGAGCAAAUCAUGACGAGACAGCUUUUCGAGAUCAAUUGGAUCGUCGCCAAUCCCACGACGCCCGCGAGUCUCUUCCAUCUUCUCCGCCGGCAGAUAUUGAUGCCGUUCCGCAAGCCGUUGGUUCUUAUGACCCCCAAAUCAUUGCUGCGUCACCCGAUGGCGAUAUCGAAUUUCGAGGAGAUAGGACCGGGCACGAGUUUGAAGCACGUUCUACCGGACCCUUUCGUGAAGCCCGGAAACGUGAAGAAGGUGUUGCUCUGCACUGGCAAAGUGUAUUACGAUUUGGUAGUCGAGCGGCAGGAACAACAGUUAGAAGAUAAGAUAGCGAUCAUUAGAAUCGAGCAGCUAUGUCCUUUUCCGUACCAUCCCUUGGCAGCGGAAAUGACGAAAUAUCCGGGAGCAAAAAUUAUGUGGCUGCAAGAGGAGCACAAGAAUCAAGGUGCUUAUUCUUACGUGAGAGAUAGAAUAGCCUUAGCCUUGGGCAUUCCGCUCGAGAACGUGAAGUACGGCGGUCGGCCUGCUUCGGCCGCGCCAGCGACCGGUAGCAAAAUUAUUUAUAAGGAUGAGCAUUAUAACAUGCUGGCAAACGCGAUGAAGCUCGAUUAAGCCUACAUGAAGAUCGUCGUGAAACAUCGUAUAAAAAAAUAAGAUACUUUUCGAACCAUAUAUAUUAAAGAAAAUGUAUUUGUAAAAUGUAAUCGUUGAAAUUUAUCGUAAAAGGAGA